AGUGUCCAGGUGUCCAAGCGUCCAUUCAAUAUUUGAGUGGGUCGCCGUGCGACGAGCACCCUCUGAGCAAUCACCCUUUGAGCAAGCUCGGUGGGACGAGCAGCAUCAAAUAUUUAGCAGAUCCAAAUUCGUGUCCCGUUAUCCCAAUCCUCUACCGGGAAAAAAGAAAAAGCAAUUCUUCAAUAGGCUAAACCAAAUGGGUCUUUAUACCUUUAAACAGAUUUAGGCCCAACCAGUAAGUGAGAAUGCAUCACCAAAUUCUGGGCCCAACAUCUAUUGCUUCUCUGCGCGUCCCUUAACCCUCGUUUUUCAGUUUUCAGCCUUUUGCUCUCUGGCGGCAUAAGCCAAUCAUCCAUGGCAGCCUAACGGAACUCUUGGUGAAAACUGAAACAAGCUUCCACUCUCCUCUUCACAAACGUUCUCCUCUUCACAAACAGUUUUCACCCUUUUGCUCUCUGGCGUCUUUCUUCUUCUCUCAACGAAUCAACGAGUGUUGAUGGCAUCUUCUCUUGCACUUUGAACCUCUUCUAUACGCUAAAGUUCCCAUAAAUAAGCCACUUCGCUUUUUCCUCUGUGUAUUCGAUCUUUAAUGGAUUUGAGAAGGCUUUCUGUCAUCAAACCCACCUUUGUUUUUCAUCCCAUAACUCGUCCCUUGACUUUUGUGACGUCCUCAAUCGAACAACCACCUCAAACGCAUCCUCAAGAACCUCCAUUGCAUUCCCAGACCCAACAACAAGCUUCAAAUCAGAGUUUAGUUAAGUGGGUAUUUUCUAUUCUCUCUAAUUCGUCUUUUGAUUCUUCUAAAUGUAGACAAAUCCUGCCUCAUUUGUGUCCUCACGAGUUCGAUCUUUGUUUCCUUGCCAUUGGAUCGAAUGUGAAUCCCAGAACUGCUUUACACUUCUUUCACUUUGCAUCUGAUACUUGUAAGUUUCGUUUCACCGUACGUUCUUAUUGCCUUUUGAUUCGAUUGCUGGUUUCUUCCAAUCUUUUAUCACCUGCGAGAUUACUUCUCAUUCGUUUGAUUGAUGGGAAACUGCCAGUUUUGUAUGCCGACGAUUUUCAGAAGAGACAUACUGAGAUCGCUAUGACAAUUGCUGAACUGAAUUCGCGGUUUGAGCUGGCCAUUUCAGUUAGAGUAGUUGAUUUAUUGAUUCAUGUUUAUAGUACGCAAUUUAAAAAUCUGGGUUUUGGUGUUGCUGUUGAUGUGUUUAGUAUAAUGGCGGGUAAGGGUUUGUUUCCAUCUUUGAAGACUUGCAAUUUUUUGUUGAGUUCUUUAGUGAAAGCUAAUGAGUUGAAGAAGAGCUAUGAGGUGUUUGAUAUGAUGUGUCGUGGUGGUGUCACUCUGGAUGUUUACUUGUUGAGUACCAUGAUUAAUUCCUUUUUCAUGGGAGGCAGGGUGGAGGAUGCCAUUGGGUUGUUCCUUAAAAUGGAAAAAAUAGGUGUUGCUCCGAAUGUUGUUGCCUAUAAUAAUAUUAUACAUGGUUUGUGCAAGAACGGAAGAUUAGAUGAGGCAUUUCAGUUUAAAGAAAAGAUGGUAAGGGAGGGAGUGAACUUGAGUCUUAUAACUUAUAGCAUUCUCAUUAAUGGUUUGGUUAAGUUGGAGAGAUUUGAUGAAGCUAACUGUAUUUUGAAGGAAAUGACUGACAGAGGUUUUAUGCCAAAUAUAGUUUUGUAUAACACAUUGAUUGAUGGAUAUUGUAGGAUGGGUCAUAUGGCUGAGGCACUACUAAUAAGAGAUGAUAUGCUAUCCAAGGGAAUAAGUCCCAAUUCAGUUACUUUCAAUUCAAUUAUACAAGGCUUUUGCAAGAGUAAUCAAAUGGAAAAAGCUGAGCAUGUUUUGGAGGAAAUGCUGUCAAGAGGUUUAGUAAUAAACCAGGGUGUAUUUACUUCAGUUAUUCAUGGGUUAUGUUUGAAGUCUAGGUUUGAUUCUGCUCUAAGGUUUACUAGGGAGAUGCUAUUAAGAAAUAUAAAGCCUAAUGAUGGUUUGCUGACCACGUUGGUUUCCAGACUAUGCAAGAAUGGUAAGCAAUCAGAUGCCAUUGAACUUUGGUUUAGGCUGUUGGAAAAAGGUUUUGCAGCCAAUGUAGUGACCUCAAAUGCUCUUUUAUAUGGGCUUUGUGAAUCAGGUAACAUGCAAGAAGCUGCCAAGCUUCUUAAGGAGAUGCUAGAGAGGGGUAUGAUAUUGGAUAAAAUUUCAUAUAAUACCCUCAUAUUGGGGUGUUGCAAGGAAGGCAAACUCGAGGAAGGUUUUAAACUUAAGGAAGAGAUGGUAAAACAAGGAAUGCAGCCGGACCUAUAUACUUACAAUCUGCUACUACAUGGGCUUUGUAAUAAGGGCAAAAUAGAAGAAGCUGGUAUGCUUUGGGCUGAAUGCCAAAGAAAUGGUCAUGUUCCUAAUGUUUACACAUAUGGGGUCAUGAUAGAUGGAUACUGCAAAGCCAACAAAAUUGAAGAGGGUGAAAAACUGUUCAGAGAGAUGGUUACUAUGAAAAUAGCAUUAAAUUCUGUUGUUUAUAAUACUUUAAUCAGAGCAUAUUGUAAAUGUGGGAAUAUGGUUGAAGCAUUCAGACUUCGUCAUGACAUGAGAAGUAGAGGCAUCCCCUUAACUUCUGCCACAUAUUCUUCCCUUGUACAUGGACUCUGCAAUAUCGGCCUUGUUGAUAAUGCAAAUGACCUUCUUGAUGAGAUGAGGAAGGAGGGUUUAUCGCCAAAUAUUUUCUGCUAUACUGCACUUAUUGGUGGUUAUUGUAGGCUAGGGCAGAUGGAUAAAGUUGAUAGUAUCGUGCAGGAAAUGUCUUUACAUAACAUACAUCCUAAUAAAAUUACCUAUACCAUCAUGAUAGAUGGGCAUUGCAAAUUGGGAAAUAUGAAAGAAGCUUCUAAGCUUUUGGGAGAGAUGACUGAAAAGGGAAUUGUCCCAGAUGCCGUCACCUACAAUACCCUUACAAAUGGGUUUUCUAAGGUAGGGAGGGUAGAGGAAGCUUUUGAAGUAUGUGAUCAAAUGUCCUCCAGAGGAGUGUCUUUAGAUGAAAUUACAUAUACUACAUUGAUUGAUGGGUGGCACAAGCCAUCUGCAGUCACAAAUCAAGAAUGAUUAGAAUCUCUCAAAAAGUUGGAUGCUUUUUCUACAUGCUAUUUUCUAUCUCUGAAAUGAGUACAGAUUUCAGCAGCUUAUUUAAAUAAAAUGAAAGCUGAUCGUUUAUUAUGGAGAGUAGUCGCCCAUCUUGUCUUUUAAAUUCAAGUACUACCAUUGAGUUUCAGAGGAGUACUUCCUAUAGGGCAGCAUUGGUUCACUGCAUCUGCAAGCUUAAGGUACUUUCCAAAAAAUUAUUGUUCCUACACAUGCCCCAAUUUUAUCUCAUAACUUGUUACAUGUGCCUUUAUUCAGGUUGAGAUUGCACUAUCGGGCAGUGCAAGUUACUUAUUCUUGUAAUGAAUACACGGUUCUUAAAAGCAGCCUGUUGAUAGCUUUUCAUUUACCAUGUUAAGCCUUUUUUAGUAUUCUAAAUUUCCCUCUUGAUUUAAAAUUUGAUGCCCUUUACAAAUUUCUUUCUAUAAAUUAAUCAUGGAAUGGAGUUGUUGCACAUCUGUGGAUUAUUUUGAAAAAAUUUGCAUUUUCUCUACCUGUAUUAAUAUAAAUAGGUUCUAUUUAUGAUUGUAUCCUUGUUCCAGCUUUCAUCCCUGACGUUCUUCAAAUGUGUCUCUGUGUCAAUAUGGAUGUGGGUUUCGUUCUUCCUCUAUAAAAGCUUAUUUCAUUGUUUAUUUUCAUUUGUUGUAGAUAAUCCCAGGAUAUCUUCUUUAUGCUAUUCUUUAAUAAAACAUGAAUGGUGGCAGAUGCUAAUUAAUAGUUCAAUAGAGUUAGCAGCAGCAGCAUGGGUGGUGGGAAACAAUAAUGACAGUAAUAUUGGUGGCCAUUCUUUUAUCACAUAUAAGAAGAAUGGCAAAAUGCGGAAAGAAAAAAUAUAUUAGAAACUAUUACAAAUUUAAAAUCCUUGUAAACUUGGGAGCUGCUACUUUGUGAAGUUUAGGGCUGCACCUAGAGCAUUCCUAGCAUUCUGCUUUAAUGGUCCAAAUAAUAUGAUUUCCUUUCAUUAGUUUUUUUUUUUUAAUUUUUUUAUUUUUUUUAAGAGAAGAAGAUUGUAAGAAUUUACAUGGUAGACAAAUAUAUAGGAUCAAGGCAUUGACAUUCAUUGAUGAUAUCCUCUGAAGUGUUCAAGUACUAUGCUAUAAGUGCCAGAUGAGGGGUGAUCUGCAUCACGUUUAAGGUGAAAUUUAAUAAAUGAAUUCUUCAUUCCAUUGUUUCCUUGAAAUUGUUUAGAUAUUUGCUGAUUCUUGGAUAUGUUGCUUAAUGCAAAUUGUCUUAAUUUUUUUACUUGGGUUUAUGGUAUGAAACCCAGAAAAAGUGAAUGGUCGUGUUUCAAGUGCAUUCUCUUUUAGUGACAGAUUUUAUCUGUAUCUUGAAACAAAUAGGUGCUUUGAUAUGUUAAUGGAGCUGAGUUAGUCACACCCUUAAACUUAUAUAUAAUUUAUGUAAGAAAAUAUGAAUGUCAAAGCCAAUUAUUUGUCUAUAUUUUAGUUUUUUUUUAAGGGUCACCAAUAUAAAAAUAUACUAUUUUCAGUUUGUAAUUAAUUUAUAUAUUUUCAAUGGGAUCAGUUGCAUAUUGGUGGGGCAAUAGGUUUGUGACCUGUAUAAGGUCUCAACUCCCUCAUGUUUCUGAUUAGGCUCUCACAGUCUCACCUGGCUAUCUUGCUUCUUUCCCAUCUCAGUCUCUUGCCCAUCCUUCUGUUGGUGUUUAUUCCUGAGGAAAUUAUGAACAAACCAAGUUAAGUGAUAUGCAAAGGUAUAACAAUUUGAGAUUAGCUGCAUUCUUGGAAUGAAAUUAGACCCAUGCAUGCAUCCUUGGUCUUUGCGGUGAAGGAAAAAUUUCUCAUUUAUUGAUCAGAUGUCUUUCAUGCUAAAACUGAAGAGGAUGGUUUGCCUCUUGGUGGAGGCUCGUAAAAGGUUUUCAAAUUCAAAGCUCUUGAGAUGCCAACACUACCAGCUGGUAACUUGGGAGGCUAUAGGUGCUUUUCAACACCAGGUUCUAUGAUUUUGGAUGCUACCUCAGAUAUAGUGCAAUGUGAAGAGUGAGGAACCGCAUCCUGGAAGCUGCUGCUUGUAGUCCCUAGUUAGUUUGCUUUUAUGAUAUUUUACUGUAAGCAAUGAAGAAUGAAAUCCAUUUGUUUUGCCAUGAUGUUUAUGUUGGGAAGUAAUCUUUUUGCUUAUGGCAACUGAGGUGACAGCUUCAAUGAGUGUAGUGCAAGUGUGUAACAAAUUGUUGAAGUUAUUUAGUGAUGAAGUGACGAGCUUAAUUGAGCUGCAUAUCCUUGUGUUCUUGGCUGAAGGACUCUAAUGUUAAGCAUGUUGAUAUUCGGAAGACUUCUCCCCUCCCUCAAAGCAGAAGUUGAUAUCUUCCAUGUAAUAAAUAGUCCUUUGUUAAUGAAAUAAUAACAUGUGGUGUGGAUGAUAAUAAAAGUGGAGAUGGUUAUACUUUUUUACUGAA